AUGACGACCAAGAUCCAAGAUGAUAACCAGGAUGCCAAGAUGAUGACCAAGAUCCAAGAUGAUAAAGACGACGGCCAAGGUGCCAAGAUGACGACCAAGAUGACGACCAAGAUCCAAGAUGAUGACCAUGAUGCCAAGAUGACGAGCAAGAUCCAAGAUGACGACCAGGAUGCCAAGGUGACGACCAGGAUGCCAAGGUCACAGCCAGGCAACCACCAGCACCUCUAUCCGCACCACAUCUCUGACCAGUCCAUCACGCCUGUCAACGACACCAAACACUUCAUGGUGGGGGCCUACAAGGAACAUCGUGUGAAGGGAAGCUCCGUACGCAUCAUCAGUAUCUUCAGACGAGACUCAGUCCAGCCUCUGUACUGUGUGUUCUACUGUGGGACUCACUGGGCUAAUGGAAUGAAGGCUGAAGUCCAGAUGCACUCGGAUCACUUUGGUUUCCGCUUCGUGACGACCGACGUCCUUUGUCCGAAUCUUCCCGACUGCAACCCGUCACAUGUGACCCUCGCCACACAAGCUGACGCCAAGCUCGCUCAGAAGCAAACCUUCCUCCGCAUCCAGAACCUUGUGAAAAGGGAGGAAGAGGAGUUUCAGUUCAACUUCACUGUCUGUUGGUCCAAUUUAUUUGGCGAUUAUAACAACGUGCUUCAGGUCACCCAGACUCUGGAGAUGUACAAGUUGUUGGGAGUGCAGCAUGUUGUGGUGUAUAACACCAGCUGUGGAUCAGAGCUGGAUAGACUGCUACAGAUUUACACACACGACGGCUUUGUGGAGGUGGUGCCCUGGCCUAUCGACAAAUACAUGAACCCGUCCCGCGGGUGGCAGCCCAGUGAACAUGGAGGGGACAUCCACUACUAUGGCCAGUUGACCACUCUGAAUGACUGUGUCUACAGACACAUGUAUCAGUCACGCUAUGUACUGCUGAACGACAUAGAUGAGAUUAUAGCUCCGUACCAGCAUCAAACCCUGCCCCAGAUGAUGGAUGUACUUCAGAGGCAAAACCAAAAGGCCGAAGUGUUCCUCAUAGAGAACCACAUCUUCCCUAAGUCCCAGUUUGAGCCUAGUGGAAGGUUUAAACGGCCCCGCUGGCAGGAUGUUCCAGGGAUCAACAUCAUGGAGCACAUCUACAGAGAGGAGCCAGACUAUCGCAUCUCCCACCCCUCCAAGAUGAUAGUACGGCCCAGGGCAGUGGAGCAGACGUCGGUCCACUCUGUGCUGCGUAACUUUGGGCAGACGGUGAAGGUUCUUCCUAACAUGUGUCGUAUCAUCCAUGUCAGAGUUCCCCUACGACGAGGACUGACCAAGGAGGAGCUGCAUGAAGACAAGAGAGUCUGGGACUACGAGAGACAACUGGUGCCUAAUGUAGAUAAAGCACUGGAGCAAGCAGGACUACUAAUCGAAGGAAGGAGGAAGGAGUAG